AUGGCAACAGUAACUUCUGCUUAGCUACCAGCUAGCUAAUUAAUUAGUUAGAUACUGUUACGACCGGGAUAAACCAGCUAACUAACAAGAUAAUGUUAUCAGCUAAAGCUAAGGAUGUCUUGUUUAAUUUUUGAUUGUGAACUAGCUAAAGCUAAAAAACUAAUAUUACGAACUAUAACUAACCAACUGACCGGCUAAUAUGACGAGCUAGAUAUGGCUGAAGAUGUCUGUGGAUUCUGAUAAUUCCUGUGUUUUGCUGUCAUCGCGAGACUCCAGGACUUCUUGCGUCUUCCAAACCGCCGAUGAGAAAGAUGACAUCCCGGGAGUGGGAGAGGAGAGUGUUCUGGAGAUGCUGAGCUACUCCAAGUUCUCCGACCUGGAGACAUGGCUGUGUAUGCCGUCCUCACUGCUGCUGCCCAGAUCCCUGGACUCCACCCGCACCUCCUCCUCUUCCUCCUCCUCCUCUUCUUCCAUCUGCAAUGCAUCCAACCGCUCCUCCAACUCCCCGCCGAUCUCCUCCUCCUCCUCCCCGGCCUCCAACUCCCGUCGCUCCACCUGCAGCGAGCCGGGAGAGAGCAGCACGCCGCUCAGGCCUUCAGACAGGGAGGCCACCUUCCUCACCCCUGCGCUGGGGAAGGAGACACCGUUUCUGGUCACGCCCCUCCUCCCCAUCCUCUCCUCCACCCCUGUCGCUGCCGCUGCUGCUGCUGCUGCUGCGUCGGCGGCGGCGCUGACCUCAGGGAUGUCCAGCGGAGACUCCGCCUCCCACGGCGGGGUCAACAUCAGGAAACGCCGACGGCUCGCUGCCAGUCCUGGAGGACUCCACUGGAACUCUGCAGGUUCGGUGCAGAGGGACUUCUGGUCACCUGAUCUGUCUCCGGUGUCGGGGAGGAGUACAGCAGCAGGUAGAGGUAGAGGAGGAAGAGGAGGAGGAGGAGGAGGAGGAGGAGGAGGUGCAGGUGCGAGGAGCCUCCCCCUGACAGAGGGGGGCGGGGCGUCAGCGGCGCGGGCCGGUGAACGGGCGGUCUUGAGGAAAACGGUUUCGGUUGACGACCGACUGCUGCAGCCGGCGGGCGCAGAGCAGCGUCAGCUGAGACUGCUGAGCCGACUGGAGAGAGGCAGGAAGAAGCUCCGCAACAUACAUAGCCUGGGAACCACGAGCAGAUACGACACCAGGAAAAAGUCGGACAGCAAGAUCUCACGUUUAGCCCAGAGGUGGAACCAGAGGCCGGCAGGAGAUGCUCUGAUCAAAGACCUGAAGCCCCUGUUUUACACGGGAUUCCCCCGAUCCUCACUCAGCCUGGACAGCAGACACCUCCCGGGUGUUAUGACCCAGCAGAUGCAGAACCUGCAGUUGUCCCAGACCAGGAAGUCCCCCAGUGGGCCGGCCUCCCCCAGCGCCGCCAAGCGCCUCUACAGGAACCUGUCGGAGAAGCUGCGAGGGAGCACCUCCUCCUUCGAAGAUUCCUACUUCUUCGGCAAGACGGACCGUCUCCGCAAAGCCUCGACCAUGCAGGGCAGCGACUGCAUCUUCGAGGCGGUGGAGCAGCAGGACCUGGACACGGUGCAGAUUCUGCUCUACCAGUUCUCUGCCGAGGAGCUGGACCUCAACACCCCCAACAGCCAGGGCCUGACGCCGCUGGACAUCGCCAUCAUGACCAACAACACGCCCAUCGCCAAACUGCUGCUGAAGGCCGGCGGCAAGGAGAGUCCUCACUUCGUGAGCGUGGAGAGUCGGGAGGCCCACCUGAGCUCUCUGGUGGUGGAGGCGGAGCAGCGGGCGGCGGACCUGGCGGCUCAGGCGCAGAAGGACGGCCUCUCCCUGGAGGCGUGCCACAAGGACAAACAGCUGAGAGCCUGGGAGUGGAGGAGCAAGCUGUACAAACGCAUGAAGACGGGCUUCCAGCACGCACGUGCCCCGGAGGCCCCGUCUAUGGUUCGUCUGAGCGUGAGCAGUAGCACCACGCUGACCGUCACCUUCCAGGAGCCGCAGUGUCUCAACUCCACCGUAGUGACCAAGUACAGAGUGGAGUGGAGCUGCCUGAAGGAUUUCUCGCUGCUGGCUGGAGAGAUGGUGUUGGAUAAUCUGCAGACACUGAAGUGCACCAUCAGCGGCCUCACCACGGGUCGGCUCUACUACGUGCGAAUGUCGGCCUACAACAUGAAGGGCUGGGGUCCUCCUGCGUCCUCCCUCCCUCCGUCUGCAGCUCCCUCCAACUGGAGAGAGAGCGAUGGUCGGGAGCCCAGGAGGCGGGGUCACAUCGAGGCCAUGGAGCGUCUGCUGCAGCAGGUCCGAGCGACUCACACACACUACUGCUGCGGAGACACGUCCAAGCUGCAGAACCCCAGCAGGAAGCAGUCUGUCUCCAGAAGUCUCAAACACCUCUUCAACUCCUCCAACAAGUUUGUGAAAACACUGAAAAGGGGGAUCUACCUGGCCGCUGUCUUCUACCAUAAGGACAGUUUACUGGUGACGGCGGAGGACCAGAUCCCCAUCGUGGAGGUGGACGAUUCCUACAGCAGCUCCCUCAUGCAAGACUUCCACUGGUUCACCAAGCUGUCCUGUAUGUGGGAGGACGUCCGGUGGCUGAGACAGAGUAUGUCCGUGUCGAUGUCGUCGUCCUCCACGCUGCAGGCGCGCCACAAGAUGCUCACCGCCGCCGGGCAGCUGCAGAACCUCCUGGGAACUCACAACCUGGGCCGGGUCCACUACGAGCCCAUCAAGGAUCGCCACGGCAACGUGCUGCUGGUGACCAUCCGCGACAUGGAGAGCCAGCACUCGCUGUUCAGCGGGAAGUGGAUGCAGGUGACCAAACUGCAGAGCCAGAGGAAGUCUCUGUCCACACCUGAGGAGCCGUACGCCCUCGACAUCCUCAUCAUCACCAUACAGGACAUCCUGGCGUACCAGCGGCGCAGCACUCACCGGCUGGCCCCGGGUCUCUAUCUGGGCUACCUGAAGCUCAGCAGCUCCGUAGACCAGAUCAAAGUCCUGGUUUCCCAGCGGACCCCCAACAUGCUGUGUCACACCCGCAUACGAGACAACGCCAACGUGUCCAGGGAGGAGUGGGACUGGAUCCAGACGCUGUCGGCUGCAGGUGAGAAGGAGCGCACCGGGGAGGAGGGCGAGGAGGCGGAGCCCAGGGCGGAAAGCCACGCCCCUUUGCUGUACUAUGAGCUGCAGACGGCGAUCAAAUCCCUGCUGAAACACAUCAACCUACCUCUGCACCAGGCCCGUCACUUCCGUCUCUACAGUCAGGAGGUGGUGGAGCUCGGUCACGGCGUCUCCUUCCUGCUGCUGCUGCCGGCCGCCGACGAUGUUUGCUCCGCCCCCGGCCAGUCCAACCCCUACACCCCGCUGUCAGGGUUCCUCCACCUCCCCCUGCAGAUGUUCGAGCUCGUUCAUUUCUGCACCUACAAAGAGAAGUUCAUCAGUCUGUACUGCCGCCUGUCCUCCGUCCUGGACCUGGACGCCCUCAUUACCCAGCAGGCACUGCGGGAGGCCAUCACUGACGGCGAGGUGGCCACGGCCAAACAGAGACAUCAGCUCAUACUGGACUACAUCCAGCAGCUGGACGAGAUGCGUCGUGAUCUUCGCUGGAUCACUGACGCGCUGCAGUACGCGCGAUACAAGCAGCCUCGCGGCGGCGUGCCUGUCACCUGCCUGGUGGACGCCAGCGCUCCAGAGAGCGACUCCAGCCAGCAGAAGACCGACUCCACCUCCUCCACCAUGGACUACCUGCCCACACCUUCCCCCUCACCUGAACUCCGCAGGAGGAAAGCCAUCAGCGACUCCCUGCUCGGCUCAGAUGAAGACGCGUCCUCGGAGGUUUUUCUGCCGACAGACAGCGACUACGACUCCAGCGACGCCCUGAGCCCCCGUGAGCUGGACCUGCUGUACUCUCCGCCGCAGGAUCUGUCCCAGCAGGCCGUGCACUCGCUGGGCGGCAGCGCCCCGGAUGUGCUCCAGAUCCACGAGCUCAGGUACAGCGUCUGCCCGCCCAAAGACCUCCCCUUCUCCCCGGUGGUGAUGGAUGCAAAGUCUAAAGAUGCUCCUCUGUCCUCACCCCUCCUCCCCCACUCCCCCUCUCUAUCCAAAGACUUCCCUCUCUCUACCUCCAGUCUGCCUCACUCUCCCUCCCUCUCUAGGACCCUCCCCACCUCGCCGUCCCUCCCGCUGUCCCCCCGAUUCUCCAAAGACCUGCCGCUGUCCCUGCCGCUCUCCCCGGUGCUGUCCGACGCCACCAAGACUCUGGAGGGCCUCUCGCUCUCCAAGGAGAGAGUCGCUCCCAACCCCCCCGCCAAACGCAAACUGCUCUCCAGGAGCCACCGGGGCCAGUACUUCAGUGGGCCCCAGCGCUGGCUCAGGGGCCACAGCGGCGAGAGUCACACCGGUUGCUUAUCUGAAGGCGUCUACACCAAGCAGCGUGACCCGGACCUGCCUCUGCCGGGGGAUCUGCCCUCCCCGCAGGGCAACACCUACGUAAGCCACGCCUCCUGCGUCCUGGAGAGCCGCAAGGGCCGACAGCGGGAGCCGCGGCCCCACGUCCGCAGGAUCUUCGUGGAGCCCUUCAAGGAGCUGUCGCCGGGCCAUGAGAAGAGGUUCUGGGAGGAGGAGCAGGAGGAGGAGAUAAUGGAGAAAGUGACGGCUGCCGGCGUGUCGGUGGUCGUGGCGGAGGUGGAGUCUGGAGGGGAGGGGGAGGAGCCGGAAGGAGCCGCCGCCCAGGACCUGGACUCAGACGACCAAACCAACGCCCAGGUUUCAGAGAUACUCAGCAGCACGUUGUAGGUCGGACAACAGCUGAGGACAGUUCAGACAUGUCUGAGUGUUUAAAGCUACACUGGGCGAGAUUCCUAAAAUACAACUUUUAUUUUAAAUCACACCAGAAAAACUGAGACAUUUGAUCUCAUGUCUCAUCCGCUGCAGUCCUGGAUGUUUCCUGUAGGAAAGUUUAUCAAAGCAGCCGCGUGCUGCUCUUCAUCAGAGAUGGAGAAGUUAACCAGACAUACACUAACCUAAAAGUUAGUCCUCAUCCUCGACGUCUUCUCUCUUGGAAAAUCCAUGAAAUAUGAAUCAAAUGAAUCAUAAAAAUUUGUGCAGAUCAACCCUAACCCUGACCCUCAACCCUAACCCUUAACCCUA